GGGAAGGUGAGCCCCAUUCAUACCUUGACUAGGCUGUGGUGGCCAGGACUGGUUUGAGAAAUCAGAGCCGCAGGGAACAGGGACGAGGAACUGGCAGCCACAGCUUUCUGCUACACACGGGCAUCUGGGAGCGUCUGGAGCUGGAGCCUCUGCUGCCUCCUGGGACCCAGCCCUGGCUCUCGGCACUAUGAAGCUGCAGGUGUUCUGGACUGGACUGGAGUAUACCUGCCGGCUCCUGGGCAUUGGCACUGCUGCAGUGUUGAUCGGCGUGGGCACUGAAACAUUCCUGCAGGGGCAGUUCAAGAGCCUGGCUUUCUAUCUGCUGUUCACAGGAGCCGCGGUCUCCAUGUGUGAAGGAGCCUUCUUUGUGGCUCAGUUGCUGGCUUUCUGCUUCAGGUGCCAGCCAGGGUCCCUGGCGUACAGAGCAAGGGAAAAGGCCCAAUGGCUGGGCUGCUUCCAGAAGUUCCUGGCCUACAUGCUGUUGUCUGUGGCCUGCUUCCUUCACCCAGUCCUGGUCUGGCAUGUGACUAUCCCAGGCUCCAUGCUCAUCACCACUGGACUGGCUUACUUCCUGCUGAGCAAGCGGAAGAAAAUUAAACCUGCGCCCAAUGGGCCGGCCCCUGUAGAGGAGUACACAGACCCCGCUAGCAGCGCCAUGAGCACCACUGGCUCUGGGGACACGGAGCAAACCUACACCUUCCACGAGGCCCUCAAGGAGGGGCCCAGCUCCCUCUUCCUCCACGUGAAGAGCAUCCUCAAGGGGACCACGAAGCCCAAAGUCCUCCCGUGCCCCGAGGCCUUGACGGAGCUGACGCUAGAGCCAGCUGACGGGCUGGCCAAGAGGAAGCAGGUGCACUUCGAAGACAGUGUGGUCAGAAUCAUCCCAUCUCUGGCCGGAGGCCUGGAUGAUGAGGACAGCGAGCCUGAGGAGACCACCUCUGACACCACCCCCAUCAUCCCUCCCCCGCAGGCCCCACCCUUCCUGACCUCUCUCUCCGGGGCCGGCCUUUUCUGA